CUGAAGAAAAAGUGUUUACAAACUUGGGCGUGCUGUUUUAGUUUUCACUCUGUAUUUGCGUUAUAAUAACUCUUAAUUAUAAUUUGUGUAAUGAUGGGGAACACGCAGAGUCACGUGGUUGCUUCGCUCUCCGUGUGCACGCUCUACUUACUGUAUGCCAAGAUUUACUCUUCGUAUUGUUUAUUAAAAACAAAAGAGCUUCAUAGUAACAGACAACCGAGUUUAGUUUACCUUUUGAUCCGAUAUUUGGCCCGGUGUUUGAGUGGCACAGUGGGCUCACGCACGCAGGAGACGUCACUGGAGUACACUGUGCACGACUGCAGGCUGGACAUGCACUUGUUGAGGAGGUUCUGCUCUGUGGCUGGCUAUGGCUGGGACUAUCCCGACACUGAAUACAGAGACAUUCCUCUGUGUUUCCCUGAGACCAUGUGCUUCAAACUGCUGCUGAUGAUCCUGACUGACAAAAACUUCAAACUCAGCCCUGCAGGUCUUAUCCGGGUACGCCAGUCUUUACGAACUCUACAGCCCGUCGACGAGUUAAAGAAGGGACCAUUUCGGGUGCGGGCCUCAGUUUUGGUCUACAGAGCUGUGAGUGGAGGGGAGGAGGUGGACAUCAGUCUCUCUGCUAUGUCCCGAGAGCAGUCCCUGGUCUGGGAGAGCGUCCUGACUCUACUGUCCAAGAACAAGACACAUGGAGACACUACAGCUGUAUCUGUGAGCGGAAGUGAGGAUGUACAUUUGGAUCCAAAGCAAGUUACACUCUCAUUGCCCAGAUUUCCCAUGAUGCCUUGCUCCUCCUGUGACUUCUCUCUAUGGCGGGUCGUCUCUGCUCUUUGUGGAUUAAACGCGCUGAUAACGCCGCGACUUUGGAUGCUGUCGGUCUGCUUGGCUGAAAUUGAGAAGCAUCGAGGGGUUAAAGUGGUCUCAGCUCCGGCCAGCGUCACUGCACAGUUCACAGAAGAUACUGGAAAAGUCCCAGGCAAAGUCCAAGUCUGGUUUUGUGACUUGAAUGAAACUGAAAGUCAAGUCUCUCAGAAAGUUUGCUUUAAUGUGACAAACCAUGGAAGCAAUAAGACCUCUUGUGGAAGGACACAUUUUAACCAAUGUACUUAAUUAAAACAUAUUACUAAUUUACUAAACCUUUCUUUUGUGAUAUACCUUAAGCUAUUUUGAUAAUGCAACUUUUUAUGGGAACAAAAGGUGAGUUUUGUUGGUGUAAAUUUUGUUACCUGGCCAACCAGAACCACACACUUUGAUAAAACUUUACAACAGAAUGUAGACCAGGCAGUUGGAUGAUUUUGUAUGUAGUAGUAAUAAUAGUUUAAGUAGUAAUAAUGCUUUUUGAGACACUUAGUCUGUCAGACAUUUAGGACAUUAAUGUAGAUGUUGUGCCUUGCCAGAUGUUAACAAAAAUUGAACCAUUAACCUUCCACUUUAGUCUGGCUGCACCACCUCAUCACAACACAUGCUAAAAUGUAGAAAAAUACAAUUUCAACUUAUUUUGAUAGAUUUUUAUUUACAGCAAAGAAAAAGAGAUCACAUUAGUCAAAGUAUUUCUUAAAGCAAAUUAAAAACAACCCCACAGCUUAAAAAUAUAUUAUAAAUACCCCACCUCUAUAUCAAAGCCCAAACCAAUCUAUUUACACAACUGGAACGUGGAUUUAAGGAAAUAACAGAAU